AUGGGGCUGCUGGCUGCCCACGAAGUCUCAUAUACACGUGUCGACCCAGCUACUGUUAUUCUACUACUUUUUCGCAUCGCUGGCAUCGCAAUCGAACCCGCUCAGGAGCAGGACAACAGAAGCUCUGGGACAUUUCUGCACCGGUGCAUCGAAAUCAUGAAGCUCGACGCCACGCUAGCCAUCUUGGCAGCGGUUGGGAUCGGCAGGGCAGCCCCGACUCCCACGCCAGCACCAACGCCAAGCCGGCUCGUCUCUGUAGGCCGCGAUGCUGCUGCCGCUGCUCCCGAACCAACGCCCGUGCCCGCUUUGCAGCCGCAGGCCCGCGGUCUCGGUGAUGAUCUGUCCACCUACGUCAAAAGUCUGGGCAGCGAGAUUGAUAGCAAGAUCUCUUCGUUUGUCGACUCGGGCUUACUCAACUUUCCGCACGGCUUCCCAACAGGCACCGCCGUGGAGAGCUCUCUAGGCAUCACUGCUGGCGCGCUGGACGCGCAGCCUACACGAGUGCUCAAUCUACCAGCCUACGCCAACUGGACCAACGACGGCUGGAGCGUGCGCGUCCACGGCAACGUCUACAAAGUGCCCGACGUGGCCCAGGAAAAGAUUGAUAAGCUCGCUGAUGCGUUUCUGAUUGGCACAAGCGUCAAGGAACUCGGCGAUGACGGAAAGAAGCAAGCACGCAAUCUGACGCGAGAGAUCUUUGUUGUGCAGCAGGGCCACGAAAAUGUGACUGUUGAAUUUGCCGUCCGCAGCAGCAACUCAUCUUCUCCCCGUGGAGGCGCCUAUGUCAAUGCCAAAGGCGGCGGACAAGAGAUUAAGCUACCUUUCGAAACAACGACCGAGGGCGAUUUCGACGUGUUUGUUGCGCUUCGAAACGAAUCGAGCAAAGCCAACAAUACAAACGCCUAUCUUCUGCCGGGCAAUGCGACGACGAAAAUACAGGCCCUCGACAUGCAUGUCAAGGGCACCGAUACGGGCAACGCGACAGCCUACCUCGUCCCUCCACGCGGCGUGACCGUGGUCUCGGAUAUUGAUGACAUUCUGCGCGUAACUAAAAUCUACAAGCCCAAGGAAGGGCUCCUCAACUCGUUUGCGCGGCCGUUUACCGCGUGGGAGGGUAUGCCCGUCAUCUACAGCAACUGGUCCUCGUCGGCCAUCUCUUCGCUACAUUUUCACUACCUCACGACGACGCCUGAGCAGGGGACGCGGCCAUAUAUGGAUUUUAUUUUUAGGACGUACCCCGCGGGCUCGUUUGAUACGCGGCCGCUGAACUUUACCAAUGUUAAAGAGACGCUCCAGAUUCGCCGCUACCUUCUCGACAGGCUUUUCCAGACCUUUCCGAAUCGCACGUUUGUGCUCGUCGCCGACACGAGCAACGCCGAUGUGAUGAAGGCGUAUCCGGCCAUGUACAAGGACUACCCUGGGCAAGUGAGCUGCAUCCUUCUGCGUAACACCUCGGCCACGGACGCCGAUGACAAAUUGCCGUACGAUACCAAGGGGUUCAAGGACAUUCCGCAGGAAAACUACAUGUUUUUCAAAGUCCCAAGUGACUUGACAGGCUUGGAUAUCGAAAAUGGACACUGCUUGAACAGCUCCGUCGCCCAGAAUGUCACUUUUGGCGAGCAGGGACUGCCUCUGGGCUUCGGCAAGAAGAAGAGCGACGCAGUUAGCGGCAUGGUGUCACCCGGCUACGCACUUUCGGCCGUGAUUUUUGUCGCCACCCUGAUGCUUUUUUUGUAA